AUGAAGGCUGUUCGUAACCUGCUGAUUUAUAUAUUUUCCACCUAUCUCCUGGUUAUGUUUGGAUUUAAUGCUGCCCAAGACUUCUGGUGUUCAACUUUGGUGAAGGGAGUCAUUUAUGGAUCGUAUUCUGUAAGUGAAAUGUUUCCCAAAAACUUUACAAACUGCACUUGGACGCUGGAAAAUCCAGAUCCAACCAAAUAUAGCAUUUACCUGAAAUUUUCCAAAAAAGACCUUAGCUGCUCUAACUUUUCCCUCCUGGCUUAUCAGUUUGAUCAUUUUUCCCAUGAAAAAAUCAAGGAUCUUUUACGAAAGAAUCAUUCUAUAAUGCAACUCUGCGAAUCCAAGAAUGCUUUCGUUUUUCUACAGUAUGACAAAAAUUUUAUUCAAAUACGUCGGGUCUUUCCAACCGAUUUCCCAGGAUUACAGAAAAAAGGAGAAGAAGAUCAGAAAUCUUUUUUUGAGUUUUUGGUGUUGAACAAGGUGAGCCCGAGCCAGUUUGGUUGCCAUGUGUUGUGCACUUGGUUGGAGAGCUGCUUAAAGUCGGAAAAUGGGAGAACGGAGUCCUGCGGAAUCAUGUAUACAAAGUGUGCCUGCCCUCAGCACUUGGGAGAGUGGGGGCUCGACGACCAGUCGCUGGUGUUGUUAAAUAACGUGGUGUUACCCCUGAACGAGCAGACCGAGGGCUGCCUGACCCAAGAGCUGCAAACCACCCAGGUCUGCAAUCUUACCAGGGAGGCCAAGCGACCGCCCAAAGAAGAAUUUGGAAUGAUGGGAGAUCAUACAAUUAAAAGUCAGCGACCUCGAUCUGUUCAUGAAAAAAGGGUUCCUCAGGAACAAGCUGAUGCUGCUAAAUUUAUGGCACAAACUGGUGAAUCUGGCGUGGAAGAGUGGUCCCAGUGGAGCACAUGCUCAGUUACUUGUGGUCAGGGGUCGCAGGUGCGAACCAGAACUUGUGUAUCACCUUACGGGACACACUGCAGCGGCCCAUUAAGAGAAUCAAGGGUUUGCAAUAACACUGCCCUCUGUCCAGUCCAUGGAGUCUGGGAAGAGUGGUCUCCGUGGAGUCUGUGCUCAUUCACCUGUGGUCGGGGCCAGAGAACCAGAACACGCUCGUGCACCCCACCCCAGUAUGGGGGGAGGCCGUGCGAAGGGCCGGAGACGCAUCAUAAGCCUUGUAAUAUCGCCCUCUGCCCAGUCGACGGACAGUGGCAGGAGUGGAGCUCCUGGAGCCAGUGCUCCGUGACCUGCUCGAAUGGGACCCAGCAGAGGAGCCGACUGUGCACUGCUGCCGCACAUGGGGGCUCGGAGUGCAGGGGGCCCUGGGCAGAGAGCAGAGAGUGUUACAACCCGGAGUGCACAGCCAAUGGGCAGUGGAAUCCAUGGGGUCAUUGGAGUGGCUGCUCCAGGUCCUGUGAUGGAGGCUGGGAGAGAAGGAUGCGGACCUGCCAGGGCGUAGCCGUGACCGGGCAGCCCUGUGAAGGGACAGGGGAGGAAGUGCGGAGAUGCAGUGAGCAGCGCUGUCCUGCACCCUAUGAAAUAUGCCCAGAGGAUUAUCUGAUGUCGAUGGUGUGGAAGAGGACUCCAGCAGGCGACUUGGCCUUCAAUCAGUGCCCGAUGAAUGCCACAGGCACCGCUAGCAGACGCUGCUCGCUCAGUCUUCACGGAGUGGCCUUCUGGGAACAGCCGAGCUUUGCAAGAUGCAUAUCAAAUGAGUACAGACACUUGCAGCAUUCAAUCAAAGAACACCUUGCAAAGGGUCAGAGAAUGCUGGCAGGUGAUGGGAUGUCCCAGGUCACCAAGAUGCUGCUGGAUUUAACUCAGAGGAAAAACUUCUAUGCAGGCGAUCUUCUGAUGUCGGUGGAAAUCCUCAGGAAUGUUACAGACACCUUUAAAAGGGCAAGUUACAUCCCUGCCUCUGAUGGCGUCCAGAACUUCUUUCAAAUAAUUAGCAACCUUCUCGAUGAAGACAACAAGGAAAAAUGGGAAGAUGCACAGCAGAUUUAUCCAGGGUCGAUAGAGUUAAUGCAGGUGAUUGAAGAUUUUAUACACAUUGUUGGAAUGGGGAUGAUGGACUUUCAGAAUUCAUACUUAAUGACUGGAAAUGUAGUGGCUAGCAUUCAGAAGCUUCCUGCAGCCUCUGUUCUGACAGACAUCAACUUCCCAAUGAAAGGACGGAAGGGAAUGGUUGACUGGGCAAGAAACUCAGAAGACAGGGUGGUCAUUCCAAAAAGCAUCUUCACUCCUGUGUCAUCAAAAGAAUUAGAUGAAUCAUCGGUCUUUGUUCUUGGAGCAGUCCUGUACAAAAACUUAGAUCUAAUUUUGCCCACUCUGAGAAAUUAUACUGUCAUCAAUUCCAAAAUCAUCGUGGUCACCAUAAGGCCUGAACCCAAAACAACUGAUUCAUUCCUGGAGAUAGAGCUAGCUCAUUUGGCUAAUGGCACUUUGAAUCCGUAUUGUGUGUUAUGGGAUGACUCAAAAACGAACGAUUCUUUGGGAACGUGGUCCACCCAGGGAUGUAAAACUGUGCUUACCGAUGCAUCCCAUACGAAAUGCUUAUGUGAUCGUCUCUCUACCUUCGCCAUUUUGGCUCAGCAACCUAGAGAAAUAAUCAUGGAAUCCUCCAAUACACCUUCAGUUACCCUAAUCGUGGGCAGUGGCCUUUCCUGCUUGGCGUUGGUCACCCUAGCAGUGGUCUAUGCCGCGUUAUGGAGGUACAUACGCUCUGAGAGGUCCAUAAUUCUAAUUAACUUCUGCCUGUCUAUCAUCUCAUCCAACAUCCUCAUACUGGUUGGACAGACUCAGACACAUAAUAAGAGCAUCUGUACAACCACCACAGCAUUUUUGCACUUUUUCUUCCUGGCUUCAUUCUGUUGGGUUUUGACUGAAGCGUGGCAAUCAUAUAUGGCUGUAACUGGAAAAAUUAGAACACGGCUUAUAAGGAAACGCUUUUUGUGCCUUGGAUGGGGUUUGCCGGCGUUAGUGGUGGCCACGUCCGUAGGCUUCACCAGGACAAAAGGAUAUGGCACUGAUCACUACUGCUGGCUCUCUCUUGAAGGAGGUCUGCUCUACGCCUUUGUGGGACCUGCAGCUGCUGUUGUCCUGGUCAACAUGGUGAUUGGCAUUUUGGUAUUUAAUAAACUUGUUUCAAGAGAUGGGAUCCUAGAUAAAAAGCUCAAACACAGAGCCGGUCAGAUGAGUGAGCCUCAUAGCGGUUUGACGCUCAAAUGUGCCAAGUGUGGAGUAGUUUCAACAACAGCUUUAUCAGCCACCACCGCCAGUAAUGCCAUGGCGUCUCUCUGGAGCUCCUGUGUGGUGUUGCCCCUUCUGGCUCUGACGUGGAUGUCUGCAGUUCUGGCCAUGACAGACAAGCGCUCCAUCCUGUUUCAAAUACUUUUUGCCGUGUUUGAUUCAUUACAAGGCUUUGUGAUAGUCAUGGUCCACUGCAUUCUUCGAAGAGAGGUUCAGGACGCAUUUCGAUGUCGACUGAGAAACUGUCAGGACCCGAUCAAUGCUGAUUCUUCCAGUUCGUUUCCCAAUGGGCACGCGCAGAUCAUGACAGACUUUGAAAAGGAUGUAGACAUUGCUUGUCGAUCAGUUCUUCAUAAGGAUAUUGGUCCCUGCAGAGCAGCAACAAUAACAGGCACCCUCUCCAGGAUUUCUCUGAAUGAUGAUGAAGAAGAAAAAGGAACAAACACUGAAGCGCUUAGCUAUUCAACCUUGCCUGGAAACGUCAUUUCCAAAGUCAUUAUUCAGCAGCCCACAGGUCUACACAUGCCCAUGGGUAUGAAUGAGCUGGGCAACCAAUGUUUGAAAAAAGAGAACAGUGAAUUGCGGAGAACUGUGUACUUAUGUACAGAUGAUAAUUUGAGAGGGGCGGAUAUGGACAUAGUCCAUCCUCAAGAGAGAAUGAUGGAGAGUGACUAUAUUGUGAUGCCUAGAAGUUCUGUAAAUACCCAGCCAUCAAUGAAAGAAGAAAGCAAAAUGAAUAUUGGCAUGGAAACCCUGCCCCAUGAAAGGCUACUGCACUACAAAGUGAAUCCUGAAUUCAACAUGAAUCCUCCUGUCAUGGACCAGUUCAAUAUGAACUUAGAGCAACAUCUCGCACCCCAGGAACAUAUGCAGAAUUUGCCCUUUGAGCCUCGCACAGCUGUGAAGAACUUCAUGGCCUCUGAGUUGGAUGAAAAUGCAGGAUUAUCAAGAAGUGAAACUGGAUCAACGAUAUCGAUGAGUUCUUUAGAAAGAAGAAAAUCACGAUAUUCAGACCUUGACUUUGAGAAGGUUAUGCAUACAAGGAAGAGGCACAUGGAACUGUUUCAGGAACUCAAUCAGAAAUUUCAAACUUUGGACAGAUUUCGGGAUAUACCAAAUACAAGCAGUCUGGAAAACGCAGCACCAAACAAGAAUCCAUGGGACACUUUCAAAAACCCCAGUGAAUACCAACAUUACACCACAAUCAAUGUCUUAGACACAGAGGCAAAAGAUGCUUUGGAACUGAGACCAGCUGAGUGGGAGAAAUGUCUGAGUUUGCCUCUGGACGUGCAGGAGGGGGACUUUCAAACAGAAGUUUAA